AUGAAAGCUCGGCCUACCUCGCAAGACAAGCUCGCCAAGGAACAGCUUGCUCCGGACCAAAGUAACGGCCAAAGCAAGCAAGUUUUUGGGCACCGAUCAACUCUCCCAGACAUUCUCUAUCCCCUUUCUUUUGCUGGUCCUCUUACUCCUUUAUGGGUAUCACCAAGCCUAUUUUUCGCUCAUCCCUGGGUACUGUACUCAAUUGGUUUCAUUGGAGUCAUGGUAUCAGCUGCAUGCCUACCGGUAUUUGAAUACAUAAUUGGCCUUUGGUUGAAUGGGAUCACCGACCUCAGCAAGACAGCUGAACAGCGCAAACAAGUUGGAACAGACUCUGCCUAUUACAUGUUGGCUCCCAUGUUUGCCGUUCUCAUAGGCAGCUAUACUUGGUUUGCAUGUUAUACCAAGGCUUCAAGGAAACUAGCUACAGCAAUGCGGUUGGAAUAUAUGUCAUCUAUCCUUGCUCAGGAUACAGCAUAUUUUGACACUCAUGGUUGUGGAGAGAUCACCACAAGGGCUGACAAGGACAUUGAUACUAUCAACAAUGGUUAUGGGGAGGACCUUGGCUGGACAAUGCAUCUUGGAGUAUACUUUAUUGCAAACUUGGUGGUUGCGUUUGUGGCCUUGCCAAAGCUUGCUGGAGUCCUGUUGCCCUUCUUUAUUUGGCUACUUCUGCUCUUUACCUUUAUUGAGCGAACACUGAGGGGGCAAGAAGCCAAGACUGAAACGGUACAAGGCUUCUCAAAUACAUUCCUUGAGCAAUGCUUCUCUGGUAUCAGGGUGAUACAGACAUUUGCCAUGUCCAAACCGUUGCUUAAGCACUGGGAUACAACUAUGCUCAAACAUAUUGAGAGAUUACAGCGAUUUCCUACCCUGGUCCGGUCAAUCAAGAUAGCAUGGUGCCAAUUUGCCUUCUGCAGUAUCUUGGCUGCUGGCUAUUAUUAUGGUACAACACUCAAGGAGGAAGGAUUUUUAUUCGGAUCUAUAUUCAAUGUGAUGAUGUGCUAUACUGCAAUGCACUUUGUUCUGUAUGGCCGCUUGUCUGCAAUAUCUGGAUUUCUCAGCGCCAUCGCCUGUGUGCGGGUCUUGAGGCAUCAAAUCGAAAGACAACCAUUUAUUGAUGUCCGGGAUCCAUCUGGUAUCCAACUCAAGCCCUUCUCACCAAAUUGUGGCUACACUCCAACUGUGUCUUUCAAUCAAGUCACAUUUGCAUAUCCCUCAAGGCCCAAUAUGAAAGCUCUGGACAAUGUAUCCUUCACAGCAGAGGCUGGUCAACUGACAGCUCUUGUUGGACCAUCUGGAGCAGGCAAGUCAUCAAUUGCAGCCCUACUGGUCCGUCAGUAUGAUCCCAGUACAGCAAACCUGCCUCACCCACAUGAUCAGGACGGAAACAAUGAAAGAAGAGACCAUCAAGCCCGUCUACAACAGUCCCCAACUACCACCUUAGCUGAAAAGGGGCUUGUUCCUGAAGAACCAAAGAAACCAUCUGCAGAGCAGGACACUGUAUCUGGAAGUGGAAUCGUCAAAUUGAAUGGAACGGAUUUGCGCAAUUACAAUCUUGCAUCUCUCCGGUCCUGCAUCAGUGUAGUCCAUCAGGAACCUCAACUACUGGCAGGAACCAUUUUUGAGAACAUUGCCAUGGGUUUAAGUGGAACACCUCUUGCAUAUCAAAAGGACAUUGAGGGAGAAGAUGCGGCAAAGGUCACAUCCACACGCCUUUUAUGCAUUGAAGCACUCAAGAAGGCUGAAGCUUGGGAAUUUGUGCAAGACUUGCCAGAGGGACUUGACACUCUAAUUGCAGGCGGCCGGAAUGGCAUAUUGUCUGGAGGACAACGACAACGAAUUGCUAUUGCAAGAGCGCUUGUUGGCAGCCCAGCUGUUCUGAUCCUGGAUGAGGCGACAAGUGCAUUAUCGAGUGAUAUGGAGCUGAAGAUCCGGAACAAUCUUGAAGUCGAACAGAAGCAAAGGGGGUUGACCAUCAUAUCAAUUGCUCACCGGUUGCAAUUUGCUCAACUGGCUCACAAGAUCAUUGUCAUGAAGCGAGGCUGUGUUGUGGACACAGGUACAUAUUCUGAAAUAUCUAGGCCUGACCGUCCAGACCAGACCUUUGCACGUCUGGUCAACACCGGCCGUAUUUAUAACAACAAAUACACAACCAACACUGAGGAACAAUCCAGGACAGCAACAUCCCUCAGCAGUCAAGCAGAGUCAACAGUCUCAAGCACCAGUCUUCCCCUACGUAGGACUGGCCUGACAAACAUGACCUCUAUGAGACAACCCUCAAUAGAAAAGGAGGACAGCACUGCCAUGAGUAGAACAAGGCUACUACAUUUUUUGUCUGCCAAAAAGUUGCCGUUUUAUCUGGCAAUACUCUUCACCAUUUUGAAUGGUGGCUUGAGGGUAGUUGCACAGUUACAGGUUGGACGUUCAAGUGCAAAAUUGAGCGGAGCAGCAGAGACCUUGAGCAUGGGUGCCAUUGCAUUGAUCUGGCUUGGAUACGCUUUUGGGUGGAGCGGGAUAAUCUAUGGAUCAGAAGUUUCUGCUGGUGUGGCCCAGAGAAGCACUGACAGGCGCCUGAUUUCUGCCAGUGUCAAAUCGUUAUUCAGUCAAGAGAUUUCAUACUUUGAAGGGGAAGCUAUUUCGGCUGGAAUGCUCACCACCAACUUGACCAAACACUCUGCAAUCAUUGCAGAAACCUUGACUGUCAGCCUAAGCCGGGUUGCAGCUUUGACCCUAGGUGUAAUUGGGACUCUAUCAAUGAGCAUGGUCUUAUCAGCCAAAUUUGGGGCCUUGGUAUUCCCAUUCAUCAUAAUUGCAGGAGCAACUGGGUGGUUGCAGAUGUAUGCUUUGCAGCAAGUGGAGAAGUGUCAAGAAGAGCCUCAGAACACCAUCUCAACAACUAUAAAUGAUGCGGUGGAUGCAAUCAAUACCAUAGGCAUCCUUGGUCAAGAGGAAGAAGUUAUCAGGUCCAUUGCAGCCUGCACAGCGGACCCUAGAUUACUCCGUAAAUGGCAGAGCGUCAACCACGUCGCUCAAGCACUUGGAGAAUCUAUUGCUUUUGCUGUGGCAGCUCUGUUGAACUGGUGGGGUGCACGCUUGUAUGUUCAAGGUGACAUUAGACCCAUUGCGCUCUUCACAAUUUAUGAAGGUGCAUUCUCAGUGGUCUUUGUCCUGUCACCACUGCUGCACUAUGUGAACAAAGUUACACGUGCCAUGCACGGAUGGUCAACCCUGAAAGAGCAUCUCCAGCGGGUCCCACAGCACACACAUAAAGAGCUCUUGCCAGACCAAGCAGGCCUCAUUGGCAAAGCAAUGAGAGGAGAUAUCAUCUUUGGAGGGGUGAAAAUGCAAUACCCAAAACGAAAGGAUCGUCUAGCGCUGGAUGGUCUAAACCUCUGUAUAGCAGGAGGACAAGUCAAUGCCAUUACUGGAACUAGUGGUGGGGGAAAGAGUACAAUACUUGCACUGCUGCAGCGUUUCUAUGAUCCGUCUCAUGGCACAAUCACAGUUGGAGGUAUUGAUCUGCAGAUGAUCCCCCUCGAAACACUUCGAUCAAAUCUUGCAAUUGUCUCGCAAGACUCUGUCCUAUUUGAAGGCGACAUCAGAUUCAACUUGUGUCUUGGUGCCAAAGACCCAGAAAAUGUCUCGCAAGCUGAACUAGAACAUGUUUGCAAACAAGCAUGCAUCCUAGAGUUUAUUCAGAGCUUGCCUGACAGUUUUGCUACAGACAUUGGAUUGAAAGGUACUAGGCUGUCUGGUGGUCAGCGGCAACGGCUUUGCAUUGCACGAGCACUUUUGCGCAACCCCAGCAUUCUUCUACUAGAUGAAGCCACAUCUUCUCUUGAUGCAGCCAGUGAAGCUGAAGUAGAGAAAGCACUACAAAAUGCUUCAAAAGGCCGUACUGUCAUUGUGGUUGCACACAAGCUCCAGUCCAUUCAGAAUGCGGACAGUAUCUCUGUGAUUGCUGAUGGAAGACUGGUGGAAGCGGGAACACAUGAGGGACUGGGUUUCAUGCGUGGUCAAUACUACAAUCUCAUUAAGAGUCAACUGUGA